AUGAUCUAUGCGAAUGGCGAAAAACAGGACAUGUUUCAAAAAGAAGAAGAUGUAUUGGCAAGAGAAUUGGAAUGGUUGUUGGUUUCCCAACUUCCGAAUGCAUUUUAUGAUUUAAAGAAAGGUUUAAAGAAAUGUGAAACGAUCAUGAAGUCUCCGGAACACGACGAUUCUUUGGGAACAAGCACAUUGGUCAUCUCUUCGAACAAUAGCGAUUCAUUAAAGGGUUACAUUACGUUGGAUGGUAGCGACAUCAUAAAAGGGGAAUUACAAGUAAAAUUUCCAAAUUACAAUCGGGGGAAUUUGAUCAAGUUAACGAUCCACUCCAAAAAACCGUAUUUCAUUGAACAGCUGGUAGAUGCACAGAAUUAUAUUACGUUAGCUUUGAAUGCAUUAGAAUGUUCGAGUCAAGCUUGCGCAAAAGAAAGUGCGUCCGAGCUUCUAGGAAACGUCCUCGAAUAUAUAUCUCAUAGUCGAUCAGCUCUAAAUUAUGUCAGUCAGGAGAAGCUGUUUCCAUAUAAAAUUUGUGAUCCACAAAUGUUCAGUUCCAACUUGCCUGAAGAUUUGGUCGUUCAAUUUCAUGUUGAAGGGUCGUACAUAGUAAAUUCGGUGUAUGCCCUUCAAUUCCACUCAUCGUUGCCACAACAAAAGAAUGGUGGUAUCUUGGGAACACAUAAACAACCUUCCAAGGUGUGUCAAUAUAAAGACAAGUACGUUUCUAUAUUGGGAGAAGUUUCAGUCAAAUCACCGGAUCCAAAAUUAGCGGAGGUCAUGGAAAGUUUGAAAAAACUGGAAAGAGAUUGCUUAGCAUGGAAAAGCAAAAUCUCAUUAUUUUGA